AUGGCGCCCACCCAGACGGUGCAUCAUCACCGCUCGACAACCAAAUCGUCCCAUAAGCCAUUCAAGACUAAGCAUGCGUCUAAGGGUGCCUUGAAGGAGAAGGAUAAGGGCAAGGUCGAAAGAGAGCGGGGCACUCGCAAGACCCCCCACCAGCAACUCAUGUCGAAACUCGAUCGUCGGAACCAGGCUCGUCAGAAGCAGCAGGUCAAGCAUCAGGAAAAGGUCCAGGCCACGAGCGUCUUCUCCGGCGCCAACGGAGCGCCCCGCCAUGUCGCGAUUGUGCCGCUUUCCGUCGACAUCGAUGUCGCGGCGAUUCUCCAGUCCCUGAACGAAAGUGUGGAUGUUACAGCUGAUGUGUCCGCGGAUACGAUUUCGCGGGUGCGCGUUGAUCGGUUCAGACAGAGCCUGCAGUAUAUUCCCGCCAAAUAUGAUUUGCUUGGUGCUCUGGAUGCAUGCCGUAUGGCUGAUUUCGUCGUGCUGGCGCUGUCCGCCGAAGUCGAGGUCGAGGAGCAGGGGGAGUUGUUGCUGAGGUCGAUCGAGGGCCAGGGUAUCUCCAACGUUGUGGCAGUCGUUCAGGGUCUGGAGAAAAUCAACCCUCCCAAGAGGCGCCCGCAGGUCGCCGCUUCUCUCAAGUCGUUUAUGAAUCACUUCUUUCCCGCCAUCGAAAAGGUACUGUCAGUCGACUCGAGACAGGAGUGCUCCAACGUCAUCCGGUCUCUUUGCACCGCGACACCCAAAGGAAUUCGCUGGCGGGAUGAGCGCAGCUGGAUGCUCGUCGAGGAAACAAAGUGGCCCGAAGCGACGACCGAGGUUGUGGAUGAUGUCGUUCUAACUGGCGUUGUUCGUGGAAAGGGUUUGAAAGCGGACCGUAUUGUCCAUAUCCCCGGCUGGGGCGAUUUCCAGAUUGAUUCGAUUACCGCCGCGCCGCUCUCGAACGCCCGGUCCAAGCGUGAUGAUACUAUGAAUGUCGACGAAACCGAGGGCACGCAGGUCCUGGAUCUUCCCACUGCGGACCGAGAUGACAUGGCCACAGUGGCACCGGAAGAGAUUGAGAUGGAGGAUGACAACAUGUCCAUCCCCGAAGACGAGCGGAAAGGUGUGCUUCUGGAUGAACAUCACUACUUCUCAGAUGACGACUCGCAUUUACCCGCCAAGCCUAAGAGAUUGCCGAAAGGGACGUCUGAAUACCAGUCUGCUUGGUUCAUCGAUGAGGUUUCCGUCUCUGGCUCCGAUAUGGAGGAUGACGACGACGAGGACGAGGCUAUGGCCAUGGAUACCGCUGGAAACCCCGAGGAUGGCGUGUUCCCGGAUCACAACGAUGCUAUGACGGAAGCUGGACCUUCUGAAUACCCCCAGUCCGAGAUGUUCCUCGACCCGUCUCCGGAGGAUGAAGCCCAGCAGCUGGAAGAGUACCGGGCUAGCCGCCGCAACGAGGCGUCUGACGACCUGGAGUUCCCGGAUGAAAUCGAACUUCACCCGCAUGUACUCGCCAGAGAGCGGUUGGCGCGUUUCAGAGGCUUGAAGAACUUCAAGACCAGUCCUUGGGAGACUGUGGAGGAUCGUGCACAUGAACCCGAGGAUUGGCGCCGACUUCUGCAGGUUAUCGACUACAAGGGCUCCAAGAACAGAAUUCUUCGGGAAGCUCUCGUUGGUGGCGUGAGCCCAGGAACGAGAGUCGAUGUCCACCUGCGCGCAGUACCUUCUUCGCUCCGCAACCGUCCGCAGCCCUCGUCCCUUUUCUCGCUGCUUCGUCACGAACACAAGCACACCGUUGUCAACGUGAACAUGCACCUCAACGCCAGCGUGGAGCAGCCCCUCAAGUCCAAGGAAGAGCUGAUCGUGCAGUGCGGUCCCCGCCGCCUGGUCGUCAAGCCGGUCUUCUCCGCGGGCGACAACACCCCCAACAAUGUGCACAAGUUCGACCGAUUCUUGCACCCAGGACGCAGCGCGAUUGCCACCUGGAUUGGCCCCCUCACCUGGGGUGCCGUGCCAGUCCUCGUAUUCAAGAACAAGCGCACUCAGGACCCUGAGGUUCUCGAUUCCGCGGACGAUGACACGGAAGACCAGAUCCAUCCCGACAACCUGGAACUCAUUGGCACCGGCACUGUCGUUGCCCCCGACCAGUCCCGCGUGGUUGCGAAGCGCGCUAUUCUUACCGGCCACCCGUACAAGAUCCACAAGCGGGUUGUCACUGUCCGCUACAUGUUCUUCAAUUCAGAGGACAUUAACUGGUUUAAGGCCUUGCAGCUAUGGACCAGGAGAGGCCGCAGCGGUUACAUCAAGGAGAGUCUCGGUACCCACGGUUACUUCAAGGCUACCUUCGACGGCAAGCUCAACCCGCAGGACUCGAUCGGUAUCAGCUUGUACAAGCGGGUUUUCCCAAGAAUGGCCCGGGCUCUGGAAGAGAUCGUUGCGUAG